GCUCUCGUCCGAACACAUCUGUCGUUAGUUCCAAUGUUAUUCGAUAGAUCCCACUAUCUUCAAUACACUGGCUCAGACGUAACCUUCUGGACUGUUAUGUCAGUUGAUGAGAUUUGACUUAAGUGUUACGCGAAUACAGGCAAAAAAGUAAAAAGUCAUGUCAGGCUUUAUGAUGAGGGGUGUUGUUGGAGUUAGUAAGUUUAAAGGUGCUCUUGUAGGUGCUUUGCUUGGAGAUUGCUUAGGAGCCCCCUUUGAAGGUGAAAAUGAGCCUUCAACUGAUACCCUUCAAGAAUAUUUUGAUUCUAUGGAAAAUCCUUCCACUAAAGCUCCUGUUAAAAGAUUUACUGAUGAUACAGCAAUGACAUUAGGGAUAUUGAAAUCAUUUAUAGAAUUGGGAUGUUUUGAUGAAAGAGAUAUUGCAAACAGGUUUGUUACUAAUUACUUUCGAGAACCAAAUAGAGGCUAUGGGGAAAGUGUUGUUACAGUUUUCAAGAAACUUCGCCAGAUACUAAAUAGUUCGAACAGAUCCAAUUCUGAGACAGACGUUUGGAAGCCUGCUCAACAGCAAUUUAAUGGUUCUGGUUCAUUGGGCAAUGGUGGAGCAAUGCGGAUAGCCCCAGUAGCACUUUAUUGUUAUUCAGAUUACAAAUUGCUCCUCAGUACUGCUGAAAAAUGUACAAAAUUGACUCAUACACACAAACUUGGAGUUAACGGUGCUCUGCUGCAGGCUCUUGCAGUGCAGCAGAGCCUGAUGGUCGAUUCCAGUCAACCCCUUGAUGUUGAUUGCUUCAUAAAUGAUUUAAUGGCAAAAAUGACAGAAGUUGAAAAAGCCAAUGGAAAUGGAACCGAUAAUGAUAUUGAGAUGCCGUACGUGGAACAGUUGAAAAUAGUAAAAAAUUUACUAAUGUCAGAAAACCUGGAUGACGAAGUAGUUAUCGACCUUUUAGGAAAUAGCAUAAGGGCUCAGUAUUCAGUACCCACAGCCCUAUUUUGCUUUCUCAGAGCCCAAAAACCAAUUGAAUCGAUUCAGACGGAAAACAAAUUCAGAAGAACCCUUCAGUAUAGUAUUUCCUUGGGAGGAGAUACUGACACUAUAGCUUCAAUGGCAGGAGCAAUGUCAGGUGCUUACCAUGGUUUGGAGUACAUCAAUGAGGGUCUCCAGUCCCAUUGUGAAGGUGUAGAUGAGAUUAUUAAUUUGUCAGAACAAUUACAUUCUAUAGCUCCGUCGCCUCCAGAACAUCAGACCUAGUCAUGUUAUUAUAUUAAUAAAUAAAACAAUUAUUCGUUAA